AUGCCAGAUGGAAAAGAGACAUCAAAUGCAGCACGAGGCUGUGAGCCAACAAGCAGAGACAACAGCUGGUUUUGUAUUGGAAGCUACGAUGGCCUCUAUGUAGUGGAUCUGGCUACUUCAGAACUUGUAACAGCACUAUAUUUCAAAGAUUACCCCAUCCUGAGCAUCACCAUGGCUGGGUCAUGGUCAGUAUCACCAGGGAGCAAUAACUCUAUGUUGGUUUUAUUGAGCUCUUUGUUUACUCCAAAUGUGGUUCUGUUGGAGUUGUAUCUGCGUGACCUUGGGAAGAUGUGGGCUGUUGGUGAAGGCUUUUCGGUGUUCCCAAGUGCUCCUCCACUGCUUGACUCUCCUCUGAAAGUUGAGUUGAAGAAGAAGGAACCCAGUCAUCCUAAAAAGAAAGCAGGUAUAAAGGACCAGCCUUUGGUUUUCCACACAAAAGUGAAGUCAUCUGGAUACACCAGUGCCCCAAGAAUGACAAUGUUUUCUCCCAAAACAAAUGUUCAGAAGAAUUCUUCCCCUAAACAAUCUCACAAAAAAACAGGUUUACUCCACAGAGAUUACCCAGCAGACAGUGCGGCACCAACUAUUCCAUGUAUUGAUUUAAGCAUUGCCAGCAAACAAGUCUCAUGCCUUCAGUAUUCAGGCGACGGAAAACAAAUCCUGUGUGGUCUUGGCGACAGCUCAGUGUUUCUGUAUAAGUCCUGCCUUGCUGGCAAUCCAGCUGUCUACUUAGGGCACGACAAGCCAGUGAGCAGUGUGAGCUGGAGCCUCAGCAGACAGUGGUGGUUGAGUGCGUCAGAAGACCUGUCACUGCGAAUCUGGACACACUGCUGCUCGGAACCUGCAAUUAUCAUGGGCAACACCAUGUUCUCCAGACCCAUUAAAGGUGCUCAGUUUUAUUAUCUUGACAAAUUUCUACUUCUGGCUUCUGGACCCUCUCUAUACUUGUACCUGUAUAAUGUGGACAACACACAUGACGACAUAAAAAGAUGUCAGCAACGGAGUGUGGUGAGACAGGCAGGAUGCUUUACAACAUCAGCAACACACGUCACAACCUUGUCUGCAAUCAAUGAUUUCUUCUCUUACAUUGUCCUGGUGUGUGGCUCAGAUCGGUCCAUUCAAGUGUUUGACAUGAACAAAGGUACAGUUGCCUCAGAGUUGCCUGAUGCUCACAGCAGAGCAAUCCACUGCAUCACACAGAACAAGGGAUCCGCGUUCAGCACGCAGGCUCCAGAUUCCUACAACCUCUUCCUCACAAGUGCAGUCACAGAUGGUGUGAAGAUUUGGGACCUUCGCACACUUAGGUGUGUACGUCGCUAUGAGAACCAUGUAAAUCGCUGCCAUCCUUGCUCUUCAGCCAUCUCACCGUGUGGCCAAUUCAUAGCAUCGGGCUCUGAGGACAACUGUGCCUACGUGUAUGACAUCCGUAGCAGCACCUACCUCCACAAACUUCCAAAACACUCAGACACAGUGCUCAGUGUGGCUUUCCACCCUGCCAAACCAGAGCUGCUGACUGGAACCCUGGAUGGGAAGCUCAGACUGUUUCAGUCCAGCAGUGGAUCUCAUUUGUCUCAUGACACUAGUUCUGCUGGGCACAGUGUCCCCAACAUGACUGCAUAACAACAGUUGGCUCCUGCAAACACCAUUCUGCUUUCAUUAAGACAUUUCCAACCCACUUGCUGAGAUUUCACUGGGAAAGGAGAACCUAAGAAUUUCUUUCUUUCUUUUUUUGCUGUUGGUCUAACAAAGAUCAUAAACAGAUUUUUUUUUCUACAGCUGCACUUCAAAUUGCAAAAGAGACUUCCCAUUUCAGGUCACUCAUCUUUGUUGAAUUCUCUGUAUAUACAAUUUUUUUUCUGCCUGAGACAAAGGAACAUCAGUGUUUUGUAUGACUGUCUCUCACUAGAUUAAUUUAACCUCAUUAGAGUGAUUCAGUAUUUACUUAGUUACAGAUAAUUGCCGCCAACUUUGCCAGAAACAACCGUAUUAGCCCUUAUUUCCAGCUGUGACGCUCUCUGGAUAGUCAGGCAUCACAAUUAGUUUGUUCGGUAUGUGGAACAGAUGUACUUAUACAUCACUGACUGUGGCCACUACUUAGCAGAACAGCACGUAGAGCUAUGACAUCAACUGGGUGCAACCUCUUCGAUUGCCAGACACACAGAUGCUCCUACUGUUCAAAGUGACACACCCGACCACAUUGUUUGAGCUGUACAUUUACUCUUUGCUACAUCAGUCGCAACAAUAUGUCAGCUGCACUGAUAUGUGAUAUAACAGAACACAAUCUCACGAAUUUACAAUUUUAAAUAAAAAACGGCAUUGUCGGUGUGUAUAAUUAAAUUGUUGCAUCGUGAUUACA